UUGCUGGAUACCUCCAAGAUUAUUGGUGAUUGGGGCUGGCUCAUUUAUCCUUCUCAUGGGUGGGACUCCAUCAACGAGAUGGACGAGGCCUUCCAGCCCAUCCACACCUACCAGGUGUGCAACGUCAUGACGGCCAACCAGAACAACUGGCUCAGGACCAGCUGGGUCCAGCGGCACGGCGCCCACCGCGUUUACGCCGAGAUCCAAUUCACCUUGCGGGAUUGCAACAGCAUGCCCGGCGUGCUGGGCACCUGCAAGGAGACCUUUAACCUCUACUACCUCCAGUCGGACCGGGAUCUGGGCAGUACCCCCCGGGAGAGCCAGUUCGUCAAGAUCGACACCAUCGCGGCCGACGAGAGCUUCACCAACGUGGACCUGGGGGUCCGCCGGCUCAAACUCAACACCGAGGUCCGGGGGGUCGGGCCCCUGACCAAGAGGGGCUUCUACCUGGCCUUCCAGGACAUCGGGGCCUGCAUCGCCAUCGUCUCCCUCCGGGUCUAUUACAAGAAGUGCCCGGCCAUGGUGAGGAACCUGGCCGCCUUCUCCGAAGCGGUGACGGGUGCGGAUUCCUCCUCCCUGGUGGAGGUGCGGGGGGAGUGCGUUUCGCACUCGGAGGAGAGGGACACCCCCAAAAUGUACUGCAGCGCCGAGGGGGAAUGGCUGGUGCCCAUCGGGAAGUGCGUCUGCAGCGCCGGCUACGAAGAGCGGAAGGACGCGUGUUCGGCCUGCCCAGUGGGGUUUUAUAAGUCUUCUCCUGGAGACCAGCUGUGUGCCAGAUGUCCUCCAAACAGCUAUUCCGACACCUUGGCCGCGCAGGUGUGUCGCUGUGAGAACACCUUUUUCCGGGCUGCCCAGGACCCGCCUUCGGCCGCCUGCACACGUCCCCCUUCGGCUCCCACCAACCUGCUCUCCAGCGUGAACGGCACGACGGUGACCCUGGACUGGGCCCCCCCGCUGGACAAGGGCGGGCGGCGAGACGUCAGCUACAACGUCAUCUGCCAUCGCUGCCCCUGGGGCGGGGGCCACUGCGAAUCCUGCGGGCCCGGCAUCCGUUUCCUACCCCAGCAAAUGAAUUUGGCUCAAGGGUCCCUCUCCAUCUCCAACCUUCUGGCUCACACCAAUUACUCCUUCUCGGUGGAGGCCGUCAACGGGGUCUCCGACCUCAGCUAUGAGUCCCCGCGGUUUGUGGCCGUCAACAUCACCACGAACCAGGCAGCGCCUUCCCAAGUGACGGCAGUUGAGCAGCAAAACGUGGGUCAGCACAGCGUCACCCUCCUGUGGCCUCAGCCCCAGCAGCCCAACGGCAUCAUCCUGGAAUACGAAAUUAAAUAUUACGAGAAGGACAAGGAGAUGCAGAGCUAUUCCACCCUGAAAUCCAAGGUCAACCGGACCACCGUCCUGGGCCUGAAGCCGGCCACCCGCUACAUCUUCCAGGUCCGGGCUCGGACGUCGGCCGGCUGCGGCAAGUUCAGCCAGGCCCUCGAAGUCGAAACUUCUCCUCCUUCUCCUCCUUCCUCUUCCUCUUCCUCUUCUCUUCCUCUUCCUCUUCCUCUUCCUCUUCCUCUUCUUCUUCUUCUUCUUCUUCUUCUUCUUCUUCUUCUUCUUCCCGACAGGCACUGUGGCUACAGCAAGGCUUUCCAAGACCCGGAUGAAGAGAAGAUGCAUUACCAGAACGGGCAAGUGAAAUUCCCCGAGUCCAAAUUUUACCUGGAGUCUCACACCUACGAAGACCCCUGCCAGGCCGGCCACGAGGUCAUGCGGGAAAUCGACGCGUCCCGGAUUAAGAUCGAGAGAAUUAUCGGCUCGGGUGAAUCCGGAGAAGUCUGUUACGGCCGUCUGAAGAUCCCUGGGAAAAGAGAGCUGCCCGUCGCGGUCAAGGCCCUGAAACCUGGUUACACGGAAAAGCAGCGGCGGGACUUCCUCAGCGAAGCCAGCAUCAUGGCCCGGUUUGAUCACCCCAACGUCAUCCAUCUGGAAGGGGUGGUCACCAAAAGCAAACUCAUGAUGAUUGUGACCGAGUACAUGGAGAACGGAUCCCUGGAUUCCUUCCUCCGGAAACACGACGGGCAAUUUACGGUCCUCCAGCUGGUGGUCAUGCUCAGGGGCAUCAGCGCCGGCAUGCGCUACCUCUCCGAUCUGGGUUACGUCCACCGGGACCUGGCGGCUCGUAACAUCCUCAUCAACGGCAACCUGGUUUGCAAAGUCUCGGACUUCGGCCUCUCUCGCGUCCUGGACGACAACCCGGAUGCCGCUUACACAACCACAGGAGGGAAGAUCCCCGUUCGGUGGACGGCCCCCGAAGCCAUCACCUUCCGGAAGUUCUCCUCGGCCAGCGAUGUGUGGAGCUACGGCAUCGUCACGUGGGAAGUGCUGGCCUACGGCGAGCGGCCCUAUUGGAACAUGACCAAUCAGGACGUCAUCCAGUCGGUGGAGGAAGGCUACCGGCUGCCCGCUCCCAUGGGCUGCCCCAUGGCCCUUCACCAGCUGAUGCUCAAUUGCUGGCAGAAAGAGCGGGACGAGAGGCCGCGCUUCGCCCAAAUUCUCGGCGUCCUGGACAAGCUGAUUCGCAACCCACAAAACUUAAAAUGCACAGCCACGGUCAACAGGUUCACCCAAACGCUGUCCGAACGAGGCCACAUUGAUUUCACCCGCUGUGGCUCCGUGGGAGAGUGGCUGGAUUCGAUUCGGCUAGGAAGGUACCAGGAGAAUUUCGCCCUGGCUGGCUAUUCGUCUCUCGGCAUGGUGAUGCACAUGAAUAUUGAGGACGUGCAAAACCUGGGAAUCAAUCUCACGGGCCAUCAAAGGAAGAUUUUGACCAGCAUCCAGAUCAUGAGGUCCCAGCUUCUCAACACCAUGGGUUGCAGAAGACCCCUCUGA